CGGAUACAUUUGACCGUGGUUUUUCUUUUGACGCGUUUUGUUUAAUGGCGUGUCUGUCACGCUGCCGUGUGUCAUUAGCUUGGUAGCAGCUAACACGCUAACGCCAGAUAAACAGAGUUAAUGUGAUCGCUAAACACCCACCUUCCUCCGAGGGAAAGUGGCCUACAUCCGUGUUAUUAUUAUUAUUAUUAUUAUUAUUAUUGUAGCCGGGGCAUUAUGUCCAUUAUGCACUCUUCCGGUUGCCCAUAUAAGGAAGACGCUGUUUUAGGGCAGCUGAUUCAUUACGGAGGCAAGCAAUCGGUAUUUACAUUUAAAAGCGGGUAGAUCGCUGAGAGGGUGAGAGUCCAGGCUGAUUUCUCUGCAGGAAACCUCCUCUUGGAGAGGAUAUACAGAGUUCUGCUAGCUUUUAGCGAAGCGUCAGCCACUGACUGGUGUUGAGUUUGACCUGUUAACCUGCGGCGGGGUCACUUCCUGCAUGAUGAGUGGUGAUGAUCUGAACCCAGCUGCAGUUCCUCUGCCAGUCGAGGACCGACAGGGUGAUGGACGGUGGAUGUCACAGCAUACAAGAUUUGUGCAGGAGUGCAAAGAUGGCGAACCAGAGGUUCUUUUUGUAGGGGACUCAAUGGUGCAACUAAUGGAGCAGUAUGAGAUCUGGAAGGAGAUGUUCUCUCCUCUCCAUUCACUUAAUUUUGGUCUAGCCGGUGACACCACCUGUAAUGUGCUGUGGAGGCUGCAGAACGGAGAGCUAGAGAACAUCCGCCCAAAGGCGGUGGUUUUGUGGGUGGGAACCAACAAUCACGACCACACAGCAGAGCAGGUUGCAGGAGGAAUUGUUGCCAUCGCACAGCUGCUCACUAACCGCCUUCCCAAAGCUAAGAUUGUUGUCCUGGGUUUGUUGCCCCGCGGAGAGCAGCCCAACCCACUGAGGGAGAAGAAUGCCUCAGUCAACAGGCUCCUGCGCGCCUGGCUGCCACGGCUGGGCCAGACUCUGUUCUUGGACGUGAGCAACGAAUUUAUCCACUCCGACGGGACCAUCAGCUCCCAGGAGAUGUUUGACUACCUCCACCUGACGCCAACAGGUUACAACACCCUUGCCAAGCCUCUCAGUGACCUGUUGCUUCAGAUACUGGAGGAGACGCCAGAGGAGAGGAGGGCGUCGCUGGUUUAAGGGCUGUGAGUCCACCAGGAGAAAUGUCUGACUUGGAGUAGGAGAAGGGGCUCUAGAGCAGGAAGCUAGGUGUGGAGGAAGACGCUAUAGACACUGAUUGCAUUAGGAAGCUGUAAGUUCAAUUCACUGUAGCCACAGAUGGGGAAAAAUAACAACAUUGUACAAUGUCUGACAUUGAGCCGUAGCUCUGAAUAUAAAUAUAAAUCUGGAAAAAUGAAGAAAAAAUAUUUUUAAAAUUUUCAUUACCUCACCUUUGACUGUUUUGAUGAGCAAACUAAGUGAUCUGAAGUAAAGCCUAUCCAGUCACUUGGAAAGCUGCAGACCUUUCACUUUUACGUUCUAUUGUAAAUUUCUUGGUGUCUAAAAUCGGAUCAAAAACAUCACUAACCCAUGCCGUUGCAAUAUAAAGCUUAUGUAUAUAUUUGUGGUAUAUUGACUGAGAAGGCAUGGUUGAACAAUAACUAGGGCAGAAUCGCGUACUGUGAAAAGCGCGUGCGCACAGCAGUGUCAUUCUGGAAACCUUUGGGUCCCCCGUCGUAUGUGUAGUUCUGAAUCUAAAGACAAUCUGCAUGAAAUUAAAGCAAAAGCACAAUUUUUUUUUUUGCCUUUUAAAGCUCACAGUAGUUGUGUGUUUUAUCAUUUGACCCUGGAGAAAGAAGUGUUCAAACGCAGCACUAGCAAUCCAAAACUAAAUCACAAUAAUUUUUUUUAAGCUCUAGUAAAGAAUUGGAAAAAGCUGCAUUUGGACGAUCAUCAGAAUGUCUCGUGGUCAAACGAGAUGGUAGCGCAGCAGCAUUUGUGCAAAAGCAAACCUCAACUGUGUCGUUAGAAAUUAAACACACAGUAACCGUCUAGUAUCCUGCAAACACCUAUACUAAUAUAGGUCACUAAUGACACGAUGGCAUUCAGUUUUCCAAACACCAUCUGUGAAAUGUGAAGCUUCUUUCCCAUCCAGCACAGUGAUUUACAUUGUAUUCACAAAGUUAAAUAGUAAGUUAACAUCUUGGUAGUUGCAUUUAAAAUCAGUAUGGGCACAGAUUUAAAUGUACUGCUUGCUCUUACAAAAAAGAAAAGUAUGUAUGUAGUCGUUGCUACUGUUGUUUUUUCUCCUGCUGUGCGUUUUGUCCUCCUGUGUGCCGUUUGUUUGACAUACAGACAUGUGCCGGUUUGAGUGAAACUAUUUUUAUUUCCACAGCACACAAAUAAGAAGGAAAGAAAAUAGUUAUUAUUCACACAAAAUGACCAAUUAUUACAAUUAUUUCACAACAUUUUUGUUGUCCUGAUGCAUAAAAAUGUAGGCUACCUGCUCAAUUUUGUUGUAUUUUUCAGAAUCCAAUGUCUUUUCAUUUUUCUGCUCUUUGAAAAGUAAAUUAAGAACAAUAAACUGAUAUUGGGUGCUUAGUAUGACUAUCUACUCCACUACAGCCUCCAAUCAGCUGCUCAACACUUCCCAAAUUAGUUUUCUUUCCCUAAUGGUUGAAUAAGUCUUUCAGCCAGCUGACCAGCAGUGGAACGAGUUUGUACCACAGUAUAUAGAGCACAUUCUCUGAAGCCUCUUUAAAGACUUUCAACCACAGGAUUGGUAUGAUGGAAUUAGUCAUUUUGAUAAGUUUUUAAAAUCCUAGACUUUGGUAUCUGGCCCAUGCCUUGUUGUUUGUUUCAACAUAUUUUACUAACACACACAAAUAUUUGUCUAUCUCUAUUUUUUAGUUGUUUUUUUUAUCCCCAGUCAGAUUUGUUCAUUGUUGAUUUGUUUGUUCCUGACCCACAUGUAACCGACUUCCUGUGACCCGUUCAUUGUGUUAUUGCUAACAAGUGAUUUUUAGGCAAUAGGUUGAAUAAGAUCACUCUAAACGCUAAAAGCAAUCACAAGUAAAACACAUACAGAAUCAUUUGUCUGUGAGCUGAUGCUGCAGCUCCUGUUGCACAUCAAGUUAUCCGGCAUCACUGCUGUCUUACUUGCACAUGUGUGUGUGUGUUGCAUGUAAAUAGUCUGCGUGUGUGUGUGCCUUAAGUAUGUCCGGUGAGUCUGGUGCUGGUUUGUGUGUGUAGAAAGGAGCCUUGUUGUGUUGAAGGGAUCGUCAGAUUGUGUCUGUAUGAUGGAAUAUUUGCUCUGUUAUGGCUUGUUGUCAUGUUACUGAAUUAAAACAUUCCAAUAAAGAGGAAUCCAACCUUG